AUGCUACGAUCGAAGUCUGCGUUAGCGAUCUUGCUCGCCUUGGUAUUUCCCUUUAGUGGAGCUCAAGGAGCUUCCUUUAGCAGAAUUAAGCAAAGAGAUACCGUCAUCGGCUAUGCACUAGUUUCCGAGGAGGACGCUGAGAACAUCAAUUAUGAUAACAAGCUACAUAUAGAGAACUACGCAGCCAUCAAUCAACUAGGAUCCGGCUUCUAUUUAUUAAACGAACCUGAUAAAUGGCUAACUGGAGGAGGGUAUUGGCACUGUGUUGUCAGAGCGAACAAGGAGAAGCUGAAAAAUAUAGACAAAGUAUACAUUCCGGAAUCUUAUCAAAGGAUGAAUUCGGAAGAUAGGGUGGAGGAGAUAAGCUUGGUGGGCGGAGACGAAGAACCUAUCUUGGAGUACAUCAGGUCAGAGGCAGCAUUCUCAAACCCCGAGAUAGCGCUGCGUUUCAUGUGGGCUCAGGGUAUCGAACGGCAUCUACUGAUGUCUGUUCCAAGGGCAGUGGUAGAGGGGGGUCAUUUGAGUGAAUGGGCCAAAUGCUUUAAAACAAGAGAGGAGAUGGAAGUUUCGGACGAUGCUAUUGAUUGGCAAGCUUGGAAGAUUACAGAUCCAACUAACCAAUUGGACUCAUAG